UUUGGUCUUUAUUUUCGGAAGGCUGAUCGGAAAACCCUAAUUUGAGCAGAUCUUUCCAUUGAAAGCGAACCGUGAAUCAGAAGCUGAGAGAGGAAAUUUUCUUACCAACGGCGAAAAAUGCUUGGUGGAUUAUACGGAGAUCUUCCUCCACCGUCCGAUGAUGAGAAACCCAGCGGUAACUCCUCCUCCGUCUGGUCAAGCAGUACCAAAAUGGCUCCACCUACGCUUCGCAAACCACCUGCUUUUGCUCCGCCGCAAACAAUCCUUAGACCUCAGAACAAACCAAAACCUAUCGUGUCCUCGCAGUACAAGCCUCCUCCUCCUUCUUCUACUAAUUCAUCGCAAUCGGUGCUUACUCCGGCGAACGAAUCAGCACCUUCGCAUCAGCCAGCAUUAGUUGCAUCGGUGAUUGAAGAGUACGAUCCAGCGAGACCUAACGAUUACGAGGAGUAUAAAAGGGAGCAGAAGAGGAAAGCUAUGGAAGCUGAGAUGAAGCGAGAGCUUGAUAAGAGAAGGCAAGAGGAAGAGGAAAGAGAGAAGAGAGAAAGAGAAGAGAGGGACAAGGAAAGAGAGAGAGAUAACAGUGAUCCGUCUCGAUUGAAUAUCUCCGGUGAGGAAGCGUGGAAGAGACGCGCUGCUAUGAGUGGUGGUGGAAGUGGUGGGAAGCGGAGAUCUUCGUCUCCGCCGGGGAAUGUUGAUGGGUUUAGUAUCGGGAAAUCGGAGACGAGUGGGUUAGGAGUUGGAGCAGGUGGGCAGAUGACAGCUGCUCAGAGGAUGAUGGCGAAGAUGGGAUGGAAACAAGGACAAGGGCUUGGGAAAUCAGAGCAAGGGAUUACCACGCCGUUGAUGGCUAAGAAGACUGAUCGUAGAGCUGGUGUGAUUGUGAAUGCUAGUGAGAAUAAAUCUUCUUCGGCGGAGAAGAAGGUUAAGAGUGUUAAUAUCAAUGGUGAACCAACCAGGGUUUUGCUUCUUAGAAACAUGGUUGGACCAGGAGAAGUAGAUGAUGAGCUAGAAGACGAGGUGGGAGGCGAGUGUGGCAAAUACGGUACAGUCACUCGUGUACUGAUAUUCGAGAUCACUGAACCGAACUUCCCUGUACACGAAGCAGUAAGAAUCUUUGUUCAGUUUUCAAGACCCGAGGAAACAACUAAAGCCCUUGUAGACCUCGAUGGGCGAUACUUUGGAGGAAGAACCGUACGUGCAACAUUCUAUGAUGAGGAGAAAUUCAGUAAGAACGAGUUGGCUCCAGUUCCAGGUGAAAUCCCUGGCUAUUAACAAAUCCUAAGACAAAAAAAUGAAACUGCAUCCUGUAUAAGAUUCUUGUUAGAGAAAGAAACCAUAGAUGAUGUUUUAAAAACAUUUGUAGAGUACUUAGAAAACUCUUGGGAUUCUGUUUAUUGUUGUUCAAAAUAGCUUCAUAAGGAUCAAGAAAUGUUCCUGUUUUUUUUGUCA